UAUAAAUCGACUUUCAGAACUGACAAAAUUUCACCUCUAUAGGCAGCAGAACGGACAGGACCUCCCUAUAAACUCCGUAAACGGCUUUGGUUAUCAUUCUGUAACAGCUGCAAUUAAGGAUAAUUGGGAACCAUGAAGUUGAUGUUGCUGAUCGUUCUGAGCGUUCUUGGGUCGGUGGUGAUUGCUAAAUCGACGAUAGGUUUUGAGCUGCCUGAGGAAUUCCACGAAGAUGAAACCGACCUCAAAGAGGAUGAUUAUCGCCUACUCAUUGAUAACGACCCAGACGGAGAAGACGAUUUUCUGUCCGAAGAAGACAUCGAUAUCCUGCUUACCAGUUGGUUCACGAAGGCCGGUAACAGUUUACAUAAUUGGGGCCAAAAAGCUAAGAAGUGGACUCACAAAGCGGUGCAUGACUCUAAACACUGGACAAAAACAGCUGUACACGACACUAAACACUGGACACAAAACGCGGAACAUGACACCAAACACUGGACGAAUAAGGCAGUACACGAUACCAAGAAAUGGACAAAGAAAGCAGCUCAUGACGUUGGCGGUGCCAUUAAGAAGGGAUGUAAGGUCGUAAACAAGAUCCCCUUCAAAGGUCUCGUUCUUCAGCUAAAAGAGUCUCUCAAGGAUCGUGGUAUAUCUGAGGAGGAAGUGAGUGAAGAUCAGGUAGCUGCGGUAGCAUCCGGGAUCUACAAGGGGAUCAAAUUUGCAUGCCAUGCAAUCGAUCACUAA